AUGCACGUUCCUAGGCUUGAGGUGGAGGUCGUUGCUGGUCAUUCGGAGCGUCCCGAGGCAACCUCUCUGGUAUUGGGCCCGGAAGUUUGUCCAUCCACAGCACGCGUCCCUCCCAAAGCAGAGGAGAGGCUGACAACGUCAUCUUCUCCACCCGGUGUGUCUGAGAGUAGAGGCCGGCCUGAUCACCCGACCCGCUUCUCUUGGGACCACUCGCUGGGUAGCCCGUCCCGUUUCCCCCAGGUUCCUACGCGGCACAGAGUACCUGUGGAGCGCCUGGACGAGGAAGCGGAGGAAAGGGAGAGGGAGCGGCAAGCGACUAUGGAACUUCAAUACCGACUCAAGAAACUUGAGAUCGAGGCCGAGACUGCGCUGAAAAUGCGGCGGCUCGAGCUGGAGGCAGAAGGCCGUCUUCCUCUUAACCCUAGCCGGGUCGUUGCUGCUGUUGAGCCAGCCCACAGUCCGGUCCAACCUGUUGAUCUGGUCCCUGAGGCCUACCGGCAGCGCUUCAGAGGCCUCCAGAAGGCCCCAAACCAGACCUAUAACAGGACCUGCAGAGAAACUAUUGCAGCAGCCGGGCAAGCAGACACACGGACACGGGAGGACAUGGGAGGAGGGGGGGUAACGGGUUCGGGUGGUUUAUUGGGGAACCACACAGAGCACACGCCAGAGAGGAUGAGGAUUGUGCCUGUACGGAGAAUCGCAAGUACUAUGGAGGCUGGUGGUGCUCACGAGGUCCACCUUGAGCGUGUGGGAUGCCGACCCAUGUGUGCUUUGUCCUGGUACACAGAGAGAGGAGUGCAGAGUGCAGAGCCGCAAGGUGAUGUGAAAAUGACCCCUCGAACAGGCCAGAGGUGUGUGAGCCACCACUGA